GUCAACGUUCACUGAAUAACCACAAAGAUGAGCCGCGUCGAACCAGCGUCACAGAAUGACACGCAACAACCUAGCCCGCCGGCGUAUCAACCCGGACCAUCUGUGACUCAAGAAUCUGUAGGGCAGCUGAAACUUCCGCCUUUGCCACAACAUAAACCAUUAGGGUACCAGCAAGCGGGGUAUCAAGAACCGGGACCUCCGCAACCAUCGUACCAACAGCAACCGAUGGGACACCAUAUGCAGACCCCGAUGGUUCAGCCCGAGAUGCAUCCACAUCCCAUGUAUUCAAUGGGUCAGCAGCAGCAGAUGACUACAGUGGUUAUCAACAAUCAGCCGGGACAGCAAAGGAAUCCGCUUCUGGUUGGAACACGUAAUGGGACACGUGACUGGACAUCUGGCCUCUGUGGUUGCUGCGAAGACAUCGGCUCGUGUUGCAUGACGUUCUGGUGCAGUGGGGCGUCGGCGUGUUCAAUAGCAGUGCGAGUUGGUGACAGUUUCUGCAUGCCUUUAUGCGUGCCGGACGCUGGGUUGGCCAUGAGGGUCCGUGUGAGGGGUCUUGGCGACAUAAAAGGUUCAAUUUGCAACGACUGUCUGGUGAUGUGUUGUUGCGGCCCUUGUGGUGCUUGCCAGAUGCACCGUGAGCUGGAUGCCAUGGGGUUAUAGUUUACAUGCCUUUUGAACUGCACAAAAUCAGAAUGGAAAUUUGCAUUUUCUAUAAAACAACAAAGUGUCUUAUCAUAGUGAUGUCACUUUUGCUUUUUAAUGAUUUGUUUGUGCAUUUUGUUUCAGCUGUGCGAUGGCAUAAUGAUGAAAAUGAAAUGUUUAACAGAUGCAUCGAUUUCACCCUAAAUGCUUUAGUUUUUGCUUCAUUUGUCCCGAUGAAUUUGAUUUCAAACAUCAGUUUGUUAUAUCUUUCGAUUACAUUAAUUUAUUUUCCAUUCAUGUAAGCUAUUGUGUUUAUUAAUAAAGCGUGAAUUAAAAUAUUUUGACAAUUCAUAAAUACGUGCUGUUAAGUAUGACAUUGUCUUUGAUAAUAUAUGCACGUUACAUUAACAAAU